GUUGAUGUCUGCUUGUCUUUCUCCGGUAGUUUCCUUGGCAUCAAUGUGGAUACGGUGGGGGACCUGAAUUUCCUGCUGAAAGCAGUGUCCUAUAGGGAGAGGGUUCUACAGCGCAGCCUAACAACCAGACUCUACAACAAGGUCAGUCCAUCACCCAGUCCAUCUCAUCUAAAGGCAUUGCGUACAAGAAGUAAAGUCCAACAACAGAAAUGUUAAAGGCAUGAAUUUACUAUUUAGCACCAGUUUGUCAAACGUCUGUUUUGAUGUUGAUACAGCAAGGUGUAAAUUGAUUCACAGUUGAUUUGGAAAGGAUUGAUCAAGACUUUAUGAACUCUUAAUGAAGCCUUGUAUUGCUCUGUCCAUUGUUUCCUGCAGGUAGAGAAGAAAAGAGAGGAGUUCUUUGAUGCCUGGAACUCCUGUCUUCAUCAUGUGACCGGCCUGGCCAUAGCACACAUACACAGAGGUGGGUAGACUACAGGCUACCGUGGUCCUGGAGAGCUACUGCGUGUGCACUAUGCAGGCUUUUGGUCCGGCCUAGCAUUAACAUAUGAUUCACCUUCGCAUCGAGACUAGUUGAUUAGUCGAAUCAUACGUGAACUUUUGUAACUCUCCUUGGCGUUAAGUAGAUAAAUGCAUAUAGUGGUCAUUACGUAUGAAAACUAAGUUAGCAGAAUCUGUAUUCGUGUACUAAAACUACGUGCAUGAGUGUAGGGGGUUUGUGUUUUGAACCAGUGGGUCUAUGUAAAGACAUCACUGUCUCUUAGAAGACCAUAACCUUUCCAUUCUCUCACUUUCAUCCCACACAUACACACACACACACAACCUUAAUCAGCCAUAAAAUACUAAAAAGCACAAAGGUGUCUGAUGUUUGAAAGAUAAGAGCGGUCUGGGGGCUGACUGAUACACAGAGGCACCCUCAGUGUGAAAGGGUUUUGUUGUAAUAUUCCAUUCCUUAGCAAUAUAAUGCCUUUGCCCUAUAGUUUUGACAGGACUUGAAAAAAAAGUUUCCUUAAUUGCAGUGAAGUUGCAUAGUAGUUGUCUCUUCGUGGUGCAGUAGCACAAAAAAAAUCCAGUGUGAUGGCCUUGAUGUGGGUUAGUGCUUAUGCCUAGUAACACUAUGACUAGAUGUCAUGAGAUCCUGUAAUACUGUGGGUCUAGUUGUAGGUCUCCCCAACACAAUUGGCCGACCGACACAUACUGAUUCUGAACAGUGAUUCAGUUCUGUCAUUUACACAAGAUUCAUAUUCAGAUACUUUUGUGGGUACAACAUUUAGUUUUGUGCAACACUUUCUUUAGUGUGUUUAUUGUUAAUAAAUUGUUAAGAUUUAUUUAGUCGAUCAUCACAUUCUUAUUAAUUAUCUACUGACUAUAAUUAAUUACAUGUGCAUAUGGGAUCCUGUUUUGUAUUACAAUAAGGCAAAGCUACGAACCACAAAAGAUAACCCAAUAUUUCAUUACGUUUCCAUGAAAUGUUGUUCAGUGUGACUGUCACUGCAUUGAGGCUGAACAAUAGUGACCCACUGCCUAGCUGGGUAAUAGCACUGUUUGCUUAGCCUCACUGUUUUUUGUUUGUUUCCAUAGUAACUCUGGAGCAGUUUGCUCUGGCCGUUCAAGAGUGCCCAGUCGAAGAAGACCACACCUUGCUAACGAAGGUAUGUGUGAAACCAGUUUUCCACUCUUGUGUCUCUCACCAUUCAAUAGGAAACCAUAAGCUCUGCUUUUGA